AUGGAGUCCCCAGGGCGUCACCCGGGCGGCGACGAGGAGGAGGAGGAGGAGGAGGAGGAAGAAGAGGAGGAGGCCGAGGCCGUGGUGUCCCCGCGUCGCCCCGAGGAGGUGACGGUGGCCACGGCGUCCCCGUGUCACCCCGAGGAGGAGGAGGAGGUCACAUCUCACCUGGAGGAGAAGGAGGCCAUGAGGUCCCCGUGUCACCCCGAGGAGAAGGUGGAGGCCGUGGCGUCCCCGCGUCACUCCAAGGAGGAGGCCACCGUGUCUCCGUGUCACCCUGAGGAGGAGGAGGAGGCCCCGUGUCACCCCAAGGAGGAAGAGGAGGAGGAGGAGGAGGCCGCACAUCACCCCAAGGAGGAGAAAGAGGCCACAUCUCAUCUUGAGGAGAAGGUGGAGGCCACGGAGGAGGAGGAGGAGGUCACGUCUCAUCUUGAGGAGAAGGUGGAGGCCACGAUGUCCCCGUGUCACUCUGAGGAGAAGGUGGAGGCCACGGUGUCCCCACGUCACCCCAAGGAGGAAGAGGAGGAGGAGGCGACUGCAUGUCACCCCAAGGAGGAGAAAGAGGCCACGUCUCACCUCGAGGAGAAGGAGGAGGCCACGUCUCACCGUGAGGAGAAGGCGGCCAUGGAGUCCCCAGGGCGUCACCCGGGCGGCGACGAGGAGGAGGAGGAGGAGGAGGAGGAAGAAGAGGAGGAGGCCGAGGCCGUGGUGUCCCCGCGUCGCCCCGAGGAGGUGACGGUGGCCACGGCGUCCCCGUGUCACCCCGAGGAGGAGGAGGAGGUCACAUCUCACCUGGAGGAGAAGGAGGCCAUGAGGUCCCCGUGUCACCCCGAGGAGAAGGUGGAGGCCGUGGCGUCCCCGCGUCACUCCAAGGAGGAGGCCACCGUGUCUCCGUGUCACCCUGAGGAGGAGGAGGAGGCCCCGUGUCACCCCAAGGAGGAAGAGGAGGAGGAGGAGGAGGCCGAGGAGGAGAAGGAGACCACAUCUCACCUCGAGGAGAAGGUGGAGGCCACGGCGUCCCCACGUCACCCCAAGGAGGAGGAGGAGGAGGUCACGUCUCAUCUUGAGGAGAAGGUGGAGGCCACGAUGUCCCCGUGUCACUCUGAGGAGAAGGUGGAGGCCACGGUGUCCCCACGUCACCCCAAGGAGGAAGAGGAGGAGGAGGCGACUGCAUGUCACCCCAAGGAGGAGAAAGAGGCCACGUCUCACCUCGAGGAGAAGGAGGAGGCCACGUCUCACCGUGAGGAGAAGGAGAAGGUGGAGGCCACGUCUCACCCUGAGGAGAAGGAGGAGGCCACAUCUCACCUCGAGGAGAAGGUGGAGGCCACAUCUCACCCUGAGGAGAAGGUGGAGGCCACAUCUCACCUCGAGGAGAAGGCGGAGGCCACGUCUCACCUUGAGGAGAAGGUGGAGGCCACGUCUCACCGUGAGGAGGAGGAGGCCACGUCUCACCUUGAGGAGAAGGUGGAGGCCACGUCUCACCGUGGAGGCCACGUCUCACCCCGAGGAGAAGGUGGAGGCCGCGGCGUCCCCGCGCCGCCCCGAGGAGGAGGAUGA